UAGGGUUUGUGCUUUACAGGACUGAGCUUUUUUUUGAGCUAUUUAUAUCUGCAUCAGACCUUCUUUGCAUUAAUAUGUUUUUUGCUGCUGGAUAGUGUUUAACUGUAAACAUUUUACCGUCCGUUCUGUAGGCUUUGAUCAUAAUGCUAUUUCUGUCGUUUCAAUGGCAAGACGGCAAUUAAAGGUACAGACGCCUAUCGAUUAUUAUUGUCCAGCCAGCUAGGUUGUUGUGUUGUAUCAAAGUGAAUCGGAAAGGCCAGAGGCGGAUUGAGUGAUCAAGGUGGCUGAGACUGGAGAGAUAAGAUGGGCUCGGGCUUUCGGAGUGAGGAGAUGUGCUUGGCGCAGCUGUUCCUGCAGUCUGGUUCCGCAUACGACUGCAUCAGCGAACUGGGAGAAAUGGGACUGGUUGAAUUUCGAGAUCUCAACCCCAGUGUCAGCUCCUUCCAGCGUCACUUCGUCAGUGAGAUCAAGAGAUGUGAGGAAAUGGAGAGGAUUCUGGGGUAUCUGCUAAGGGAAAUUAGGAAGACUAAUAUUGCAGUGUCAGAAGCUGAAGUCCCUCCUGUUGCCCCUGCACCCAAAAAUGUAUUGGAGAUCAUGGAGCAGCUGCAGAGGCUGGAGGUGGAGCUCAGCGAGGUGGCCAAGAAUAAAGAAAAACUCCAGCGGAACCUGCUCGAGCUGACAGAGUACACACACAUGCUGAGAAUCACACACACCUUUAUGCACAGUCGCUCCAGGCAUGAAGCCCUGGGCCCUCAGUAUGAGGAGUUCCCCUCUCUGGAGACUGACUCAGUGACAGGCUGCACCAGUAUGCAGAGACUGGGCGCCAAACUCGGGUUUAUCUCAGGGUUGAUACAGCGGGUGAAGGUGGAGGCAUUUGAGCGGAUGCUCUGGCGGGUCUGUAAAGGUUACACCAUCCUCAGCUAUGCAGAGGUUAACGAGAGCCUGGCAGAUCCCGACACGGGUGAGAUAAAUAAGAAUGUAGUGUUCCUCAUCUCCUUCUGGGGUGACCAGAUCGGACAGAAGGUUCAAAAAAUUUGCGACUGUUACCAUUGUCAUGUUUACCCUCAUCCUGAGACAGACGAGGAAAGGGCAGAUGUGAUGGACAAUCUGAGGACACGUAUCCAAGACUUACAAAACGUUUUGCACCGCACUGAGGAUUACUUGAAGCAGGUCUUGCAUAAGGUGUCUGAGUCAGCGCACUCCUGGGUGCUGCAAGUGAAGAAGAUGAAAGCGAUCUAUCACAUUCUCAACCUCUGCAGCUUUGACGUCACUAACAAGUGUCUGAUCGCUGAAGUUUGGUGUCCGGUCAGUGACCUGGCUAACCUGAGGAGGGCGCUAGAGGAGGGUUCGAGAAAAGGUGAAGCCACCGUUCCAUCCUUUGUGAACCGUAUACCGAGCAAUGACACUCCACCGACCCUUUUAAGGACCAACAAGUUUACCUCAGGCUUCCAAAGUAUAGUGGAGGCUUAUGGAGUAGGAGACUACAGAGAGGCCAGUCCAGCUCCUUAUACCAUAAUCACCUUUCCCUUCCUGUUUGCCGUGAUGUUUGGAGAUCUCGGUCAUGGUGCGGUCAUGACACUCUUUGCUCUGUGGAUGGUGUUGACUGAGAAGGACCACAUACGCAGGCGACCAGGAAGUGAGGUCUGGGGGAUGUUUUUUGAUGGGCGCUACAUCAUACUGAUGAUGGGACUGUUUUCCAUGUACACGGGACUCAUAUACAAUGACUGUUUCUCGAAAUCCCUCAACAUCUUUGGCUCGGCCUGGAGCGUUAAGGCCAUGUUCACAGAGCAGCAGUGGUCAAAUGAAACUCUUCAAACGAAUGCCUUACUCGCCUUGGAUCCCAACGUUUCUGGAGUUUUUUCUGGACCGUAUCCACUAGGCAUCGAUCCAAUCUGGAACAUGGCCAUGAAUCGCCUGACCUUCCUCAACUCCUACAAGAUGAAGAUGUCUGUGAUCAUUGGAGUUAUUCACAUGAGCUUUGGGGUGGUGCUCAGUGUCUUCAACCACUUGCACUUCAGACAGAAGUUUAAGAUCUAUCUUCUCUUUCUCCCUGAGCUGCUCUUUUUGCUUUGUCUUUUUGGGUAUUUGGUCUUCAUGAUCUUUUACAAAUGGCUGGCGUUCUCAACGCAAGACUCUCCUCUGGCUCCAAGCAUUCUCAUCCACUUUAUCGACAUGUUCCUAAUGCAGGGGAAUGACACUACACCCCUGUACCCUGGGCAGAUGGGGGUGCAGGUGUUUUUGGUGGUUGUGGCCCUGCUGUCGGUUCCAGUAUUGUUACUGGGGAAACCUCUUUACCUCUACUGGCUGCAUCAUGGUGGGAAGAGCCUGGGGGUCCACAGGGUUUGUCUGUGUUUUUGUGGCUACGAGAGAGUUCGUCGUGUGAGUGAGGAAGAUCUGUCUCCAUCUGUCGUGCAUGAUGAAGAGGAGGGACUAAGUGACUCAGGAGGUCGUCAGGAGUUUGAUUUUGGGGACGUCUUCCUUCAUCAAGCAAUUCAUACCAUAGAGUACUGUUUGGGCUGCAUCUCCAACACAGCCUCCUAUCUGCGUCUCUGGGCCCUCAGCCUUGCCCAUGCUCAGCUCUCAGAAGUAUUGUGGGUGAUGGUAAUGCGAGUGGGGCUGAGGGUGAGCUCCAGACUUGGCGUGCUUUUCCUCGUGCCUGUGUUCAGUGUUUUUGCCCUGCUCACUGUCUCCAUUCUGCUGGUUAUGGAGGGACUGUCUGCUUUCCUCCACGCUCUGCGUCUGCACUGGGUGGAAUUUCAGAACAAAUUCUACAGUGGGACAGGAGUCAAAUUUGCACCUUUUGACUUUUCUCUGUUACCCUCUGUCUUUGAGCAAGAGGGUUUACUCUGACCUGUGACGGCACUUCGUCUAUGAACAGAAAACCAUGACUUAUCGACCUAUGGGCUCUGGACAAUGCAGUAGCAGUUUUAAGAGUAAAAUCUUGCGGUUCCAGUGCUGUUUUUUUUGGUCAUGGUUGGAUCAGUAGGCCUAACUGACAGCCCUUUUUGCACCCAUCCAUAACAGAUAUAUCUGGUGCGGAUUAUCAGCUGUGGCUCCAUCAACAUGUGCUGUCAUUCAAGGAGUGUUUGUCAGCAAAGCCCUGUUAUUAUAUUUAUCUUAAGAGAUAUGACUUGUAUUUGCUAUUUCACCUUCAUAAGCAUUUGCUGUCAUAUCGAUUUUCAAAGUGCCAUAACUAUUUUUGAAUGUACAGUUUUGUAUGCUACACCGAAAUGUACUUUCGCUUGCUAUAGCUACAUUAAACAUGCACUGCAAAAAGUAAUGUUAUUAUAUACUAUUUUUGUCUUGUUUUCCAGGUAAAAUAUCUAAACAUUCUUAAAACAAGAUACAUAUUUGACAAGCAAAAUUGCAGGUUAUAUUUUUGUAUCGUUUUCAUAAAAAUCAAGCAAAAUUUAGUGAGGUUAAUGCUUAAAACAAGAAAAAACUAUUUGCCAAUGGGAUAAGAAAAACUUAAUUCAAAGGGGAAACACGUUUAUUUUUCUUACCCCAUUGGCAUUUUUUUCUUCUUGUUUUAAGCAUAAAGUUUACUAAAUUUCUCUGAAAACAAUAAAAAAUUGUUUUUAAUUUAAUCCCCAUUUCUCCCCAAUUUUAGAAUGCCCAAUUCCCGUUACUUAGUAGGUCCUUGUGGCGGCGUGGUUACACCUCAGUCUGGGUGGUGGAGGACAAGUCUCAGAAGCCUCCGCUUCUGAGACCGUCAGUCCAUUUAUCUUAUCACGUGGCUCGUUGUGCAUGUGGAGACUCAUACUACUCUCCACGAUCCACAAACAACUUGCCAUGCACCCCAUUAAGAGCGAGAACCACUUAAUAGUGACCACGAGCAGGUUACCCCAUGUGACUCUACCUCUCCCUAGCAACUGGGCCAAUUUGGUUGCUUAGGAAACCUGGCUGGAGUCACUCAGCACACCCUGUAUUCGAACUCGCAACUCCAGGGGUGGUAGUCAGCGUCAGUACUCGCUGAAUUACCCAGGUCCUAUAGUAGAUUUUUAAUAUCAAAUGUAGAAAAGUUCUAAUAUAGAAUAGCCUGGACUUUGCGUGUGACCCAGGAUAGGGCAUAUGAGGUUACUAGAAGUGUGGACAUUGUGUGACCCAGGAGAGGGCAUAUGAGGUUACCAAAAGUGCUGAUGUUACAAGAAACACUCUGUCGUAAUGAACAAUGGUGCUGAGACAUAAGAAAACUAUAGGGAAGCACUGCAAAAGUUAAAGACUAACACAACCAAUGACGUAUUAUGCUCAGAUUGUGAUGUAUUAUUUAUUCAGAAUGUAUAAUUUGAUGAUAAAAGAAUUUAAAAUGUUAUUUUUUAAAUGGACUAAAAGCCAGGUUCCCACCAUUACAAAGAGGUCAGAGGUGCUGUGAAAUAAUGGGGGGAAACAGAAUCGAUUGGAUACAACAAUUAUUAAGAGGACGUAGACAUGAGAUAAUGUUAGAUACAAAAAAACGUAUAAAGACUAAGGGUUUUGACCAAGAGUAUCAGAUCUCAGCUGACAUCGCGGGUUUGUUGGUUUGCUAAAUAAACUCUAACCUUUGGCACCUGGAAACUCCGACUUCGAGAGUUUUCUUAAUGAGAGGGAAGAAAAGUUAUCCACGCUCCACGACAGUCAUCUGAAAACAAUACAUAAUAUAUUGUAAAAUUGUUCUUUCUCAAGUAAAUGUAUCUUGUUUUACUGGAAAACAAAAAAAAUAUUAAUUAUGAAAAAAAUAAUUUUGCAGUGUGGAUCUUACACAUAGUAUCUUUGCUGGUAAACCAUGGUGUAGGUAAUGCAACACUGUACGAUAAACAAUGCCAAAUGACAAAUAUAAUUUUUAAUGUGAUAUUAAAGCAUAAUUUACAACAUGCAGAUUACAGGGUAGAAGUUAGUUUUUUCUUUGUUCAUAGGAAUCUAAUGACAACACUUUAUCCAUAUUUUCAAACGAAACAUUUCUGUUUUUAAAUACAUGUGCUUAUGGUUUAAAAACAGGAAAACCUACAGGAAAUGCAUUUCAUUAAACCAUGAGAAUACAUUUCUUUGCUGUAUGUAUUCAUUGACUUUCCUGUACAUUUACAUUUGUGUUUCGGUCACUUAUAAAAA